AUGGUCUCCAUCUAUAAAGCUGUGCUUGCCGCCGUCGUCUUGAUAAAAGGUGUCUUCGCGGCAGAUAUCAUCAAGAUUUCCGCCGAUGGUGUUCGCGAUCCGGAUCCGAAAUACCAUCCUGAUAUGCCUCGGCCUUUGCACCGUCCUGAUCCCCAUGAAGAACGGGAACAUCUGGAUAAGCCUGCAGAAUACUAUAUCAAAGGCGCUAUGGAAUCCUUGUAUGCAACGUGCCUUGCAAGGCUGUGUGGUCACGUCGUACCCGCGAUGUGCCCCGAAGUAUGGGUGCACUGGUGGGGUCAAAAGCAACCCCUCAAGUGCAAGUGUGCUUUCAACGGAUGGAAGAUUGACUGCCCAUGCGACUUUGAAACCAUACACCGCCAAGGGUCACGUUACUACGGGCUCCAGGAUGAUAGCGACAUCGUCUGUUCAUUGUACAACCAUGCAGAGUUGAUCACAGAUUCGCGGCAAAGCUUCAAGGGCCCUCCACACUCAUACAACGACGAGGACGCGGACAACCCCUUCAAUCCCUAUCACAUGACAGGCGAUGAGCGUGCACGGUAUCUGACGAACCUGUCAGCGAAUGGGAGGUGUUUUCCUCGGGUGGAGCCCAUAUACCCUCUGGGCGUCGUGGACGAGACGGUAGUCAAAUUGGCAGCAAUCGAGACAUGCGAGCAACUUCGUCAACAGUUCGGUACUGGACCGGACGAAAUGGCUAUACCACCGCUCCUAAAUUAUCACGAGCGGCUGUUCAACAACACUGACUGGAUCACCAGCGCAUAUUGGAACACCAGAUUUAACAAACAAUACGCCAUCGGCGUCCGCGUGACAGCGGACCUAGACAAUAAUGGCCACCGGAAUAAGUCCAUGGCAAUGGACUUCGUGACGUGUAGAGAAAGGGUCUAUGAAACUGCGAAAUGCCAUCUCAAUCCCGGCAACACGUCAGAGCCCACCGGCUCUGGUGUAAGCCUCUUCAACGAUGGCGGUCACAUUCUGAUGAUCGAAGUCGAGUCCAGGGUACUUGACGGCACCGAGACGAUUUGGUAUCCCGAGAAGGUACGGCCUCUACGGCCUCAACCGGAUUAUGAAGAGGUACAAGCAUCGACAGCGACAGCACACGUCAAGGAGACAGUGUGGGUUACUGUCUCUUCCAAAACUGCAGUGAAAACUGGGUUACCCGCUAUCACUCGCACGCAGACCAAAUUUCGGUAUGACUUCAGUAGGCCUGCAGGCAGCAAAGUUUUUCGGUUGACGGUGACGCCCACGCCGAUUCCAAAUGAAUGA